AUUAGCAUUCUUUGAUCCAUCCCGUGGGGUAAAGCCUUUAAUCUGUUAUUUCGGGAGUGUUACUAAUUUGGGAGUGAGCCUCAAUCUGCAGCCGCUGGGCUGCAGGAGUGUUUAAUGAAACGUCGUGCCUCAAAAUGCUCUGACCAUUUCGCACACCUCGUUACAACAAGCUUGAAACAAACGGCUCGUACUUUGACUGUAUUCUUCGAAGACCAAUGUCUAGGCUGCAGCUGUUGUGUACACAUACUUCUAUUCCAGGAGUCUACCAAAGUUCAUCACGCUGUUAGUCGUUUACUCGAAUACCAUGUCCACUCAACUAUAUCUGAUAGUGGAUCGUGUCUCCUCAGUUAUUAUAUACACAUUCAUGCAAUGGAUAUGGUGUCACUUGAGUACCUGACCCAUCGACACAGAAGUCAACACAAAUUCUAGUGAUAUCAUUUAUGAGUAGUAUUUAUCCAGAAAUUCUGGAAACGAAAGAAAGAAGAAGAAGAAGAAGAAGAAGAAAAGAAAAGAAAAAAGGUCAAGGAAGAGCGAAGGCAUAGGAAGUACAUUAAUGACUCAGG